AUGGCGCCCGGCAAACUGAAGGCCCUGGACAGCCCUGACCUCUACACCAUUGGCUGGAUUGCUGCGCUGCCCAUCGAACGAGCUGCUGCUGCUGCUAUGCUAGAUGAAGAGCACGCACAGCCGGAGGGCUUCUCGAGGAACUCAAACGACAAGAACUCAUAUACCUGGGGUCGCAUAGGUGAUCACUAUGUCGUCAUUGCUUCCCUACCGGCCGGCGUUCAUGGAAUUGUCCCAGCAAAUGCUACCGCGUCAAGCCUGUUAUCCUCGUUGCCUUCGAUUCGCCUUGGACUUCUAGUUGGUAUUGGUGGUGGUAUUCCUCGACCGAAUGGCGAUUAUGACAUCCGUCUGGGAGAUGUCAUCGUGAGUCAGCCCGAUGGCACAACGGGCGGCGUCUGCCAGUACGACUUUGUCAAGGUAAAGUCGGGAAAUCGUCGCGAGCGAAAGGGCUUUUUGGCGCCGCCCCCGAACGUACUCCUUCACGCUGUUGCAAAUAUCCGGUCAGCUCACGAGCUACGGGAUCCCAAGAUCCCCAGCUUUCUUGAAGAGAUGCGAAGACAGUACCCCAAAAUGGCCAAGAAAACCAAGCAGAGUCCAGGCUACAUACACCAGGGUUUCGCCAACGACAAGCUGUUCCAGCCGUCUUACGAGCAUGUAUCCAGCCAGCGUGAGGGCUGCCAAAGCUGCGAAGUAGCUCAAGAGGUCGAGCGCGAUGAACGUGAGUCUGCGGAUCCUGAGAUCCACUACGGCGUCAUCGCAUCUGGUAAUACGCUUGUCAAAUGUGGCAUCGCUCGGGACCGGAUCAUCGCCGAAGUGGGAGAAGAAUGUAUCUGUUUCGAGAUGGAGGCGGCUGGAUUGAUGAAUGAGUUUCCCUGCCUCGUGAUACGAGGUGUUUGCGACUACGCCGACUCUCACAAGAAUGAUCAAUGGCAGCGCUAUGCAUCUGCCACGGCUGCUGCGUAUGCUAAAGAACUCCUUGCCUACGUACCAGAAGCCGACGUCCAGAAGACCAAGCGAGCGUCAGAAAUUCUUCAAUCGGUUGAUCAGAAACUUGGCAUCGUGCAGCAAGCCUCAGAAGCAGUAUAUGCCAAAGUAGAGUCCAUCAUUCUCAGUGACCGUAGCCAAAAACUCCGAGAAUGGCUUGCAGCGCCAGACCCGAACACCAACGCCAACCACGCCAGAGAACUUCGACAUGAGGGUACAGGGACAUGGCUUCUGGAAACAUCGACCUUUCAGGAGUGGGCUUUGGGCACCAAUCGACACUUAUGGCUUCGGGGCAUGGCUGGAUGCGGCAAGACGGUCCUAAGCACAACUGUCUUGGAUCAUCUCACAAAGACCGAUGACAGAACGAUUCUCAGCUUCUUCUUCGACUUCAGCGACAAAACAAAACAAACGAAGGAUAGCUUACUACGAUCCAUCGCUCUCCAGUUAUACCAGCCAGGCCGCAGCUCAGUGGCAGCACAUCUCGAUGAUUCGUUUCGCACGCACCAAGAGGGCAACCUGAAACCAACCACUGCCAAUCUUGAAGAGCUUGUUGAUAAACUGUUGACAGCAGAGCAGAGAGUUGUCAUCCUUCUCGACGCCUUGGACGAGUCCACGACAAGAGAUGAGAUCAUCUCAUGGAUCAAACGCAUAUACGAGAGUCUGAGCUUGGUUCAGAUGUUUUACACCAGUAGAGAGGAAGCUGAGUUUAUGGACGUCUUUCCCAGCACAAUCAGGAAGGAAUGCUGUCUCGCAAUCGACAAAGGAGCGACCGAUAUGGAUGUAGCAUCCUACGUAUCAGCAAGGCUUCAAACUCAGCCAGACUUCACAAGGAAAAGGCUGUCUGGGGACGUCCUUGACCAAAUUCGAAAAAAGGUUGGAACCGGGGCUAAUGGAAUGUAA